AUGGCGGCCACCGCCGCCGAGCUUCCACCACCUCCUACUGACACGCCCGGCUUGAGAGCAAACCGGGCUUGUCGCCCUUGCGUUCAGAUCAAAGCGAAAUGUGUUCCACUCGAAGGAUCUACCAACUCGAUCUGUGUACGAUGCCACCGCUUGGGCAAAUCCUGCACGACUCCGGCACCGCUGCCACGGAAACGGCGCAACAAUGGAAGAUCAACCCGUGUGUCGCAACUGGAAGACAAGAUCAAUAUUCUGACCGAUCUUUUGACGUCCAAUGACGACACUCCGACUGCAAGGCUUGAUCCUGUCGUUGCUUCUAGUGGCUGUGCCAAUUAUGCUCAGCCCACUCACCCUACCGUUCCGGAAAACGUUGCUACCUUUCACAAUGGGUCAUGGUCUGCCUCACUCCCGACUCCAACAUCGAUGGCGCCCGCAGAUGGAGGCAACAACACGACCCUACAGACUCAAUCCACUGCAACUUGCGUAAUGGGCUGCGCAAAGUCUACGAAACCCGUAGAACCCGCGCGUGCAAAUACACACGAUCACUUCCGAGUAACUCUGGCUCCGGUGUUGGAAGAAAAACUAUUCAGCGACUUCCGCACACAGAUGAAUAUACACUUCCCUUUUGUGGUGAUCCCACCUCACACAACAGCUGUUGCUCUUCGUGAAGAGAAACCAUUCCUCUUCCGGACUUGCAUCACGGCAGCUGCUCAAGCUGAUCCGUCACUACUAAGGCAGCUGGCAGACGAGUUGAUGAGAUAUAUCGGAGAGCGCAUGCUGAUGAAGGGGGAGAAGUCUCUUGAUCUCUUGCAGGGGCUUCUGGUGUUCAGCUCCUGGUAUCAGUACUACAAUCACAACAACCCACAGGUGAUGAAUCUUCUACAUCUGGCAACUGCUAUGGCCACAGAUCUAGGGCUGAAUCGGCCCAGGCAGCCGGCAGUACUGGCCCCGAUUGGCAUGGUGGUUGACGCGGCCGAGAUGUUUCACGGCAAGUUAGUCAACCACGGCGUACGGACCUCUGACGACCGACGAGCCCUUCUUGGAGUAUACAAUCUUUCCGGGCAAAUAUCAUCCUGCUUUCGGAGAUCGGACCCGAUGCGCUGGACUCAACACUUGGAAGACAGUUGCAACGCUCUCAUCGCCGCAGCCGAAUACCCCUCUGAUAUCUACGCUGUCCAAUUGGUGAGGCUGCAUCGGGUUAUAGAAGCAUAUUCUCCUUCCCUCGGCUUGAUGACAACAUCAACUGUGCCUCUCCGAAGUCUCAUGAGUUGUUUCGAAAAAGACCUCCAGCAAUACCAGGAGAGCAUACCUCCCAGCCUUGCAGGAAACAAUCUCUUCCAAGCGCAGAUCCAAAGUGCUUAUAUCUGCCUUUUUGAGACCAUAUUUGCAGUCCAGGCGGACAGAGCAUAUCACCGAGCUGAAGCACUACAUGCCUGUUUGAGUCAUAUCAGUCAAUUGUUUGACUGCCUAUUGGCCAUCCCUUGGGGGUAUGUGCCAAACUUGACGUUCUCCUUCUGGCUGAAUCUCGUUCAUGCCUUGGUCGUUCUUGCCAAGAUGUCCUUCCUUGUCCUCGAUGGAUGGGAUCUGCAAUCCAUAAGGGACUCUGAAAUGAGCUUUCCGUCUACCAUAGAUCGGAUGGUGCAGAAGAUGGAAACCGUAUCCCAACAGAGCCUUGCCUCUGGAGAUACGCCAACAAAUAACGCCGUUGCAACCCGCUUCAGCUUGUUCGCAGAGAAAAUGCGCCUUUGUAAAAAGUGGUACGCGAGCAAGCUCAACGCAGAAACCAGCGUCUCAGCUGCAGGCCUUGACAAUAGUGCGCUUCCCGAAAGCAUCUCUGCGGAAGAGUUAUUUGGGGGGUUUGAGGACGGCAUCUGGCCAGACCUCAUGGCUGAUUGGAACACCAACAUACAAUUCUAG